AUGUAUAAAUGGAGUUAUUUUCUUAGUGAUUACUUUAUUNGUAAUAAAUUAGCAUCAGGUUGUUCAGAUAACUCUAUUUAUUUAUGGGAGUUUAUGACACGAUAAUAAAUUGUCAAUUUAAGAGGUCAUUAAGGAUGUGUUUUUUCAUUAUGUUUCUCUCCUAAUAGCAAUACAUUAGCUUCUGGUAGUUUAGAUAAGUCUAUUCGUUUAUGGGAUGUUAAGACAAGAUAAUAAAUAGUCAAAUUUAAUGGUCAUUCAAGUGGAGUACUAUCAGUCUGUUUCUCUCCUGAUGGUACUAUAUUAGCAUCUGGUAGUAAAGACUAAUCUAUAUGUUUAUGGGAUGUUAAGACAGGACAAUAAAAAGCCGAAAUAGCUGGGUAAGCCAUAGAAGCUAUGUCAGUCUCUUUCUAAUCUAAUGUUACUACAAUAGCACCUGAUAGUUUAGAUAAAUAUAUUUGUAUAUAGGGUGGUAAGACAAGUUAAUAAAUAGCCAAAUUUAAUGCUCAUUUAAAUGGAAUUCUAUAGGUCUGUUUUUCUCCAGAUGGCACUAUAUUAGCAUCUGGUAGUAUUGAUAACUCUAUCCGUUUAUGGGAUGUUAAGACAGGAUAAUAAAAAGCUAAGAUAGAUGGUCAUUCUGAAUAAGUUAAAUCAUUCUGCUUCUCUCGUGAUGGUACUACAUUAGCAUUCAGUAUUGAUGAUCACUCGAUCCGUUUGUGGGAUGUUAAUACAGCAAUAGAAAUUUUACCUCAGGAUAAUAUUUUUAAUGGCCUUAUUAGUUAGUUUGAAAUGCCACUUUAGAGUCCAUCCAUUUUAUAAAAUGGUAUUUAUUUUUAUUCUAACAUUGAUCAUGUAAUACUCAGAAAAUGUAAAAACUAAAUUUUGCAAGCUAAAGGUGCAUUAAUUUUGAAAGGAAAAUUUGUUACUUAGUAAGGCUUUGAUUUAAGAUAUUUGUUCAAAUCCAAAGGUAGUUUCAUUUUAGAAAACUAAAUACAAUAGAAAAAAUAUUGA